AUGGGCCCCGGUCUCAUUGUCUCGCCGUGGAUCGCGCUCGGCCUCCGCAGCUCCGACGCUGCUGUUGGCGUGCCUCCCGCCCUCCUCGCCUGGCGUCGCCUUCCAUAUCUGAUUCCGAUGGUGCUCUUUGUCGACCUGCCGAUUCUCAUCUUAUUCGCAGCGACAACUCUGAUCGAGAUUCUAUUCCUCCGGAACCCUCUCAUCCUCGCCAACGACCGCGCUCGGUGGUCGAACACAAAGGGGGGCGCCCGCUACCGCGACGGCGCCCGCUACCGCGAGCACGCCUCCGUCUGGGCUGCCCUCGAGGGUGACGGCGACAAGGUCCGGCCGGGAGAUGUGCGGCUUAUCAGUCUCAACUGGCUCAUGGCGCUGGCAGAGAGGGGCGGCGUGCUCCCGCGGCGGCAGGACCUGCCAGAGGAGGCAUUCUUAAGCUCUGCUCAGCUGAGGCGGAUCGAGCAAGGCGCCAGGCGCGGCUUUGACCUCGCUGGCCUGAAGGAGGCCCUGGAGCGCGUGAACAAGCUGCCCGCCGGCUUUGACCGGAGCCGGACCUACGACACUCGCGGCUGGACGACAUUCGAGCGGUGCUCCGCCGAGCUAAGCUCUCUACGCUGGGCUUUGCCAAUGGUCUUUGGGUGGUGCGAUGUGGGCGACAAGGGCGCGAUGGCACUCGCGGCUGCCCUCCCGGCCGCGGGUAAGGAAUGUCGCGUGACGGCCAUUAUGAAUCGGAUCGGCCUCGCGGGCCAGGCGGCACUGCUAGAUGCACUCGAGGCAAAGCACGGGCGGCAGCUCGAGGGGCAUCUGAUUGCGAUUGCGCAGUUCAAUUUGCUUCCCUGGUCGUACCCGCUCCACCGUGCGAUGGGGCGAGGCUGGCGCCAUACUAAGCUAAUCGACCCAAUGCGCCGCCGCCAGGGUGACUCGGCGGCCUUCUACAAGCGCUACGCAAGAGGCGACCCACACGGCGAGGAUGAGGCGCGAAAAAGCACAGGCAGGCAAACGGCACACUCGGCGUGUUUGCGGCUACGGCUCUAUGCUCGUGGGACGAUGGCGGCGCUUGCUCACGCCUUGGCAGCCUGGCGGGGCCUGCUGCACCACCAGGACGCUUCGGCCACACAGGCACACGCCCAGCGCGACACGUCCACCAACCGGAACGCGUCCACAGGCGCCAUCGAGAAGGGCGACCUCGUGCAGAGCGUCUACAGCUGGGCGCUCGACCUGGCGGCUUUCGAGUCCGAGGAACUGCUCGCGUCUGCACGGGGAAGCGGCGGCGGCGACGAGAUGGUUUGAUGU